AAAAAAAAAAGAAGUUAGGACUUUUCAAUUAUACUCAACACAGAGUCAUAUAAAACAUACGGAACUUGACAGAAAUUUUGACGUUUUCACAUUUUUUAAGUAUUUUUGGGAAAUAUUUUUAGCCAUGCUAGUAGCCUGGAUACACACAUGCUGAUGCACAUUUAGUCAAGGAAACAGAAAACAAGAAACAAAUGGUUCAACAAUGGAAAUAGUUGUUAGUUGUAGUCCUACUUUGGCCUAGUCUAUACUUAGACUGGUAUUUUUUUUAAAGCAGGGUUUUUCUUUCAGCAUUACGAGGAAAAAUGCAAAAAACACAAUUGAAGCUCUGUCAAGCCAACAGGCGAUGAUAUAACCCUCAAGCCAUGUCAGCCAAUGAAAGCGUGUAAGAGAAAAAGCUGUUACUACUUCUGGUUGAUUACCAGAACUGGUGCAUAUAGGAACAAGGAAAUCAUAUUUUGAUUCCUUGUUUCCUCAGUGGAGUAGAAAAGUAGCUGUAUAUUUGUGUUAAAUUGCAAAAAGUGCUGUUAGCAAGAUUAGCUAUUUUAGCUUUGCCUGUCACUGCGCAAGUUACUUCAUGUAAACCAAGGAGAUAACGGGACAUACUUUGACGUCACCAGAAAAAAAUAAUCUGUCUACAUGAAAAGCAAUUUAAACCUGGACCCGAAUGUAGAAGACGACACAUACUUGGCAGUGUUUAGAAGGAUAGUUUAACAUUACAGUUUCUGCAGAGGGUGAGAGAGGCUUAGCGGGGAGUGGAGUUUGGUGUCUGGACACGCUGGGUUUGAUCCAGGCAGAUCUCCUGGUAGGUGGAGAAGUUGGAUGGCAGAGGCUGACUGGCAGGAAUGAAUGUGGGGCUUGUAAAGGUUGAAAUGAGCUUAAAGUCUGGAGCUGUAGAUGGAUUCCUGGUUUGCACGAGAUGUAGAGGUCUGGUGGGCAAGAACGUGAGGCACAAGAAGUUGCAGAAAUAGUCUUUAGUAAACAGAAAAUGAAAGAUGUGAAGCAACGUUGGCUAAGGCGACACUGCCACUUUGAACACCAAGACAGAUUUAAAAGAACAGAUGAGAAACACCAGGGAACAAGAAACACUGCAAACAAAGCUUCUGAAUAGCUUCAACCUGGCUUCUGGACAACGAGGACGUUCGCGUGAUGAUGCAGGGUUCCAGCAUGGUGAAGGUUCGCUCCUCGAGGUGGCAGAAGAGUCGACACCUUCGGCUGCUGGAGGACGGACUCACGGUUUGGUGCGAAUCCACUAAAAGCUCCCGCAAAGCCAAAGCACAGCAGACAUUUGCGGUGACAGAGGUGGAGUGCGUUCGCGAGGGCUGCCAGUCGGAGGCUCUGCGGCGGCUGUCCGGCUCGAUGCCAGAGACCCAUUGCUUCACCGUGGUGUUCAGGGGCGCCAGGAAGAGCCUGGACCUGCUGUGCUCCUGCGAGGACGAGGCCCGGCGCUGGGUCCGAGGCCUCCGCAUGCUGAAGGAGCGCGUGGCCGCCAUGACACAGAAGGAAAAACUGGACCACUGGAUCCGAGGCUACCUGAAGCGAGCGGAUCAGAACCAGGACGGCAAGAUGAGCUACGACGAAGUCAAACGGCUGCUGCAGAUGAUCAACAUCGACCUGAGCGAGCACUACGCCCGCAACCUAUUCAAGCGGUGUGACCGAUCGGGCGACGACCGCCUGGAUCACAUAGAGAUCGAGGAGUUCUGCAGGGAGCUGCUGAGGCGGCCCGAGCUGGACGCCGUGUUCAGACACUACUCGAGUAACGGCUGCACCUUGUCCACCGCUGAGCUGCGAGACUUCCUGGGAGACCAAGGAGAAGACGCCUCGCUGAAUCACGCUCAGUACCUCAUCCUCACCUACGAGCUCAACGACUGGGCUCAGAGGAACCAGUUCAUGACCCAGAACGGUUUCACCAUGUACAUGCUGUCCCUGGAGAACGACGUCUUCAACCCCGGCCACGCCAGAGUCUACCAGGACAUGAGCCGCCCUCUGGCCCACUACUUCAUCUCCUCGUCACACAACACCUACCUUACCAGGGACCAAGUCACCAGCGCCAGCAGCACCGAGCCGUACAUCCGGGCUCUGAAUCAGGGCUGCCGCUGUGUGGAGCUGGACUGCUGGGACGGAGAUAAAGGCGAACCGGUCAUCUACCACGGCCACACUCUAACCUCCAAAGUCCACUUCAAGGAGGUCAUCGAAACCAUCGCCCAGUACGCCUUCAAGGCGUCCCCAUACCCUCUAAUCCUGUCCUUGGAGAACCACUGUUCUGUGGAGCAGCAGGCCGUCAUGGCCAAACACCUCCGCACCAUCCUGGGCAGAAAGCUGCUCACCAAACCCCUGAGCGAGCAGCCGCUGAAAGAGCUGCCUUCCCCCGAAGAGCUCAGGGGCCGGAUUCUGGUGAAAGGGAAGAAACACACUCCUCACCUGGGCCAGCUGGGAAAAACCAGCAGCACCGCCAGCUUCUCCUCCAGCUCCGACGACGAACUCGCAGGCAGCAAUAAGAACACGCCCAAGAAAGAUCCUGCAAAGGUCUGUUCCAAACUGAGCCCCGAGCUGUCGGAUCUGGUGGUUUACUGCAGGAGCGUCCACUUCCGCGGGUUUGAAAACAUGUCUGAAACAUCACCAAACGAAAUGUCUUCCUUCUGCGAAAACGAUGCCCUCAGGCUCAUCAAAGACUCGGGGAAGCUUUUUGUACGACACAACAGCAGGCAGCUGAGCCGGAUCUACCCCUCUGGCCAGCGCCUCCAAUCAUCCAACUAUGAUCCUCAGGAAAUGUGGAACGGCGGCUGCCAGAUGGUGGCUCUGAACUUCCAGACUCCCGGGGAGCAGAUGGACCUGAACCAGGGUCGCUUCCUCCAAAACGGUCGCUGCGGUUACAUCCUCAAACCCAGCUACUUGUGCAGCACGGCGUCCGACUUCAACCCGGAGAACACGGGAGGAGGCCCCGGUCACAUCCCCACCCAGCUGACUAUACGAAUCAUUUCUGCACAGCAGCUGCCAAAAAUCAACACGGAGAAAGCGAGCUCCAUUGUGGACCCCCAGGUGUGGGUGGAGAUUCACGGGGUGGCGAUUGAUAACGCGAGAGGCAAAACCCAACGCAUCGACAACAACGGCUUCAACCCGCGGUGGGACUGCACACUGAGCUUCCAGCUGCAGGUCCCUGAGCUGGCCCUGGUGCGCUUCGUGGUGGAGGAUCACGAUCACAAGGCCAAGAACGACUUCGUGGGGCAGUUUACUUUGCCGUUCACAAGCCUGCGCACAGGUUAUCGCCACGUUCAUUUACUGAAAGCAGACGGCUCGAGUUUGUCCCCGGCUACGCUGUUUAUCCACGUGAAAGUGAGCCGCAAAGGAGUUCCCGUCAAGACUGUGUCCGAGCGAAUUGCGGCCGCUAAAAGAAAAGCGUGAAGAGCCACGCCGAAGGUGGAAUUUUCUGAAAAGACAGGCUUUGGAAGAGGAAAAAGCUCUAAAUGCGAGGAAAGAAGAACCACUGCUGCCAGCUGGUCUCCCAGUCCGGACCUAAAGUGGUCCAGUUUACCCUCAAACCACUUCCCAGUUCAGGAGGACGGAUGUUGUUUAGUAGAGAUGACGGAGCAUCAGUGCUGAAUGACACUUUAAAAAAAAAAUAAUUUUAACGUCAUUAACACUCACAUGAGUGGAAUAGAGAAGAGAUGUGUUAUUUUAACAUGACAGUAUUUUGAUUUUAGGAACUAUUUUGACAUUUUUACACUCAAGUAUUUGGGUUUUAGCUUUUAAAAAGGGCACUUUCUUAAUCUUAAAAGUGCUUAAAGUAGGAGACCGAGCAGCUGUGUUGAAAAAAAAAGUAGAAAUAUCGCUGUUUUAACACUAACUGUGAUUUCAUACAGAUCUAAUUAUGUUUCAGUGAUUACCAGAGGUUGCAUUGCUCAUGAACAAACACUUUCAAUUAGUCUUACUUGAUACUUCUAAGAUAUUUUGGCACUUUCAUUUAAUAAUAACGGUGCACAACUUUCAAAUGAACUUGAAUUAGAGACAGUAUUAUGUGCAGACGGUUGUUUACUUGAGCUACAAUAGCUGUAUUUUUAUCAGCAGCGUUUCACACAUGUUAACAAAAUAAGGUGUUUAGCUAAAUCAUGUUUGACGAUAUCUGCAUGUAGGCUGAGUAAUUAUGUCUUGUUGCCAGUUCUCAUCUUUACGUUCAGACGGUUUAACGCUAAUUGCAGCUUUCUAAUGCACCGAAUCAUUUAAUGCUCUGACAGACGAUAAAAUGCUGCUGCGAUGGAAGGUGAUGCACAGACAUCGCUGUAAUUACAGUUUAUAUGAUCAACAUGGGUUUUUGGUAGAUUCUAACUGAUGAGUUAAAUAAGACGUUGCAGUGUUAACGCUCAAGCCUGUCGUGUGAAUGUGAUAAUGUGCGUGAGAGAAAAAAAUGCUGUUUUUAUAAAGCACUAAUAGCACA